AGCAGCCCAGCGCACCGCGUGGUUGGGGGACCCGGGGGCUGUCGCUGGAGGAGGCAGCGGCGGCGGCGGCUGCUGCUGCUGGCGAGGGGGUGCCGACAAGAUAAAAGUUGCAGAAUUGAUACAUCCAAGUACAACUGUCAUACGGUUUGAAAAAUUAGCAGAAAUUUAAUUCUCAGACACUACAAAAGAAAUCGCAAGAGAUAAAAAUGCGGCCAAUGCGUAUUUUUGUGAAUGAUGACCGCCAUGUGAUGGCAAAGCACUCUGCUGUUUAUCCAACUCAGGAAGAAUUGGAAGCUGUUCAGAACAUGGUAUCCCAUACAGAACGAGCACUUAAAGCUGUGUCUGAUUGGAUAGAUGAACAGGAAAAAGUCAGUGGAGAGCAGCCUGAACCUGAGGCUAUGGAUGUGGUAGCUGAAGAAGAAAACAAGGAAGGGGGGGAACAGAAGACUGAGCACUUAACCAGGACUCUGCGAGGAGUGAUGCGGGUUGGCUUGGUAGCAAAGGGUCUCCUGCUCAAGGGGGAUUUGGAUCUGGAAUUAGUCCUUUUGUGUAAGGAGAAACCCACAACUGCCCUUUUGGACAAAGUGGCGGACAACUUGGGAGUCCAGCUUGCUGCUAUUACAGAAGACAAAUAUGAAAUAAUCCAAUCCAUUGGUGAAGCAGCAAUUGUAAUAAAAAAUACAAAAGAACCUCCAUUGUCCUUGACCAUUCAUUUGACAUCACCUGUUGUCAGGGAAGAAAUGGAAAAACUUUUAGCUGGAGAAACGCUAUCAGUCAACGACCCCCCGGACGUUCUGGACAGGCAGAAAUGCCUUGCUGCCUUGGCGUCACUCCGACACGCCAAGUGGUUCCAGGCCAGAGCUAAUGGGCUGAAGUCGUGUGUCAUAGUCAUCAGGGUUCUGAGAGACCUAUGCACCCGUGUUCCUACUUGGGCUCCCCUUAGAGGAUGGCCCCUGGAGCUUCUCUGUGAGAAGUCAAUUGGAACAGCAAAUCGACCAAUGGGAGCUGGCGAGGCCCUCAGAAGAGUGUUGGAGUGCCUGGCAUCUGGAAUCGUUAUGCCAGAUGGUUCUGGCAUUUAUGACCCUUGUGAAAAAGAAGCCACUGAUGCUAUUGGGCAUCUAGACAGACAGCAACGGGAAGAUAUCACACAGAGUGCUCAGCAUGCCCUGCGACUUGCUGCUUUUGGCCAGCUUCACAAAGUCCUUGGUAUGGAUCCUCUCCCUUCUAAGAUGCCCAAGAAACCAAAGAACGAAAACCCAGUUGAUUAUACUAUCCAGAUUCCUCCUAGUACCACUUAUGCCAUUACCCCAAUGAAACGUCCCAUGGAGGAGGAUGGAGAAGAAAAAUCUCCUAGCAAGAAGAAAAAAAAGAUUCAAAAAAAAGAGGAAAAGACAGAACCCCCACAAGCUAUGAAUGCACUGAUGAGACUGAAUCAGCUGAAACCUGGGCUACAGUAUAAACUGGUCUCCCAAACUGGCCCAGUCCAUGCUCCUAUUUUUACUAUGUCUGUUGAAGUGGAUGGAAGUUCAUUUGAGGCUUCUGGACCAUCCAAAAAGACUGCCAAGUUGCACGUGGCUGUAAAGGUGUUACAGGACAUGGGUUUGCCUACAGGAGCAGAAGGUAAAGAAUCAAAUAAAGGGGAGGAUUCUGCUGAGGAAACAGAGCAGAAACCUGUGGUUGUUGCUCCUCCACCUGUAGUGGAAACUGUUGCUACUCCCAGCGCUGCUUUUCCUUCUCCAGACCAGACGUCAGAGAAUGUAAAACAACAGGGUCCAAUUUUGACCAAACAUGGCAAGAAUCCUGUCAUGGAAUUGAAUGAGAAGAGGCGUGGCCUCAAGUAUGAGCUUAUCUCUGAAACUGGAGGAAGUCAUGAUAAACGCUUUGUCAUGGAGGUUGAAGUGGAUGGGCAAAAGUUUCAAGGAGCUGGUUCAAAUAAAAAGGUUGCAAAGGCAUUUGCUGCUCUCACUGCAUUAGAAAAGUUGUUCCCUGAUGCUCCUGUUGCCUUGGAGCCCAAUAAAAAGAAGAGAGCACCAGUACCUGUGAGAGGAGGACCGAAGUUUGCUGCAAAGCAACACAACCCAGGCUUUGGAAUGGGAGGCCCUAUGCACAAUGAGGUUCCUCCUCCCCCAAAUAUUCGUGGUCGAGGUAGAGGUGGGAACAUCCGAGGUCGGGGUAGAGGCCGAGGUGGAUUUGGUGGUGCCAACCAUGGUGGCUACAUGAAUGCUGGAGCUGGCUAUGGAAGCUAUGGCUACGGUGGCAAUUCUGCAACAGCAGGAUAUAGUCAGUUCUACAGCAACGGUGGGCAUUCUGGGAAUGCUGGUGGAGGCGGGGGUGGCGGUGGAGGCGGCUCUUCUGGCUAUGGGUCCUACUACCAAGGCGACAACUACAAUUCACCAGUACCCCCAAAGCACGGCGGGAAGAAGCAGCAGCAUGGGGGCCAGCAGAAGCCUUCUUACGGUUCUGGGUACCAGUCACACCAAGGCCAACAACAGUCAUCAUACAGCCAAAACCAGUACAGCAAUUAUGGCCCACCCCAAGGCAAACAAAAGGGCUAUAAUCAUGGACAAGGCAACUAUUCCUCCUAUUCGAAUUCUUACAACUCUCCAGGUGGUGGAGGUGGAUCAGACUAUAACUACGAGAGCAAAUUCAAUUACAGUGGCAGCGGGGGCCGAGGUGGUGGUGGGAACAGCUACGGGUCAGGUGGAUCGUCCUAUAACACAGGGUCACAUGGCGGCUAUGGAGGCAGCUCUGGUGGUGGCUCCUCCUACCAAGGCAAACAAGGUGGCUACUCUUCACAGUCCAAUUACAAUUCCCCAGGCUCAGGCCAGAAUUACAGUGGGCCUCCCAGUUCCUACCAGUCUUCGCAAGGUGGCUAUGGCAGAAAUGAUCACAGCAUGAAUUACCAGUACAGAUAAACUACCUUUACUCCCCAGGGGUGAAGUUUUGUUACCUUCUGCACUCGCCCCCCAUUUGAAUAUUCAGUUUUAUUGCAUCACAGUUAACAUGUCAACCCUUCCCCCCAGGUUUCAUGUUGCCGUGUUCUGUGUGAUAUGCAGGCGGCUACUCUGAUGGUGGCAUCUCCCUGUAAUUCCAUACUUAGCUGUGUUUGGGACAUCUGUGUAUUUAAUGGUUUGUUAGUUACCAUUACAACUUUGUCUGAAUAGAGUUUUUGAGUUAAUACAACUCAGUAUCCCUUCGUCUAUUUAACAUUGGUGUUAGUGUUAACUAAGUUCGUCUUUAAAUAGUUACGUGAGGGAUACGUCAUCUGUUAAUGCUUUUGUGAAGUGAGUUAAACAAGCUUUCUGUAUUUUAAUGCUUUAGUGUUUCAGUUUUAUAAGUGAAGAUUUUAUUUUAAAAACCAGUGGGAAAGAGUGGGUUUUUUUUUUUUUUUUUUUUUUUUUUUUUUUUUUGUAUGUCUGGGUCAUUCAGGCAGGAUAUCUGAAUUAAGCUGAAUGUAGACAAAUAAAGAUGAAGAAAACUCUUUGGGCCGAUGUCUGGCCUGCGUGUCUGUCCCACCAACCCUGGAAAAGCUGCCCCCUCACCUGGUUCAAAGCCAGGGAGAGAGCAGGUACAGGGUGGCAGGUGGGGAAAGACAGGUUGGAGGGGGCAGGAUUUUCUUGGGGCUUCUUAAUUCCCUGAGCUUUUGGAAACAAGCACCUUUGGUAGGUAAAGUCUUCCUGUCCGUGAAGAGCCAUUAAAACAUCCCCCCAAAAUGACAGGGGCAGGAGGUAGAGGGACACCAUCAAGAUAGGCUGAGGUGAGGUGGGAUGAGGAAAGCUUUCUCCAUAGGGAGGAGGAGUGUUAGAUUUUUCUAUGCAUAUAUGGGCUAGGCUAGGAUCCUUGAGAAGGCAAGGCCCAGAAGCACAGAGCUAUUGUUUGGGUAAAGCCUCCAUUUCCUUUAGCCUAGGGGUUGGUGUUUAUAGCUACUCCAGAAGCAGGCUUAAGUACAGAAGGCAUAUGGAGGACCAGCCAUUUGCUUGGCAUCUCUCCUUGCUUUGAUUAGAAUACCGAUCCUGCCUUUAUUUCCUGUCAUGGCUUUAAGACUGCCUUGCCAAAAUGACUUGUAAUUAAGGUUGUUGGAGGGGGAGCAAUUGAGUAAAUGGAUAUCAACAGCUGAAGGGAGCUGAAUGCCAGGACUUGGGCUUUUUCCUUAAGUUCCUCGGUUUAGGCCAGGAUCUGAAGGCCUGAGAAGAUGCUCUGCUUGGGGGCCAAUUAACCCUUUUUCAAGGCUAAAUGGUGAUGAGAGGGGAGUCGACUUAGGCUGUCUCCUUGACUUCCUUGGAGAUUUCAGUGGACUUGCAAGCUUAAUAUACGCCAAUUGUGUAAUGACAGUAAAAAAGAGUAGUUGUGGUCAUUUGCAUUGAGAAAAGCAGUGUCCAAGCUGGGGAUGGCAGCAGUCCUACUGUGCCUCCCCUGGAGAGAUGCCAUGAGUAAGACAGGAUAAGCCUUGAUGAUUAGAGAGGAGGAGGUGGGGGAGGGCCAGGCUGCCAAAUGGUCUUGAAAGAAAGGUCAGUUAAAAGAACUGGGGAUAUUGAGCCUAGCAGAAACUCUGGGUCAUGAUGGCUCUUUGCAGGUAUCUGAAGGGGUGGAAGAGGGAGAAGUCUUGGCUUCUUUUUGCCCCAGAGGACAGGGUUAGGAGCAGUGAACAAGCAGGGCACAGUUAAUGAGAAAAGCUGCUGUGGCAGAUGGCUUGUUUUUCAGUUGAGGUUUGAAGUAGGGGUUGGAAGAGCUUGGUGAGAUUCUGGGUCAGGUAUUGGUCAGGUUAGAAUGCCUCUGAGUGCUAAGGACCUUGGAGUCCUUUCUUGUUUGACUGGAGAAGCUAUGUCUGAAAGAAUGGCCUCUCUCGUACAACCUGCAUGACCUUGGCAAAGUCAUUUCACCUCUGGACCUUAAUGAAAGAGGAUAGGAUAGUGAUCAAAGGUGGCGUGUGUCAGAUGGAGCAUGAAGUCAGAAGGACUUGGCUUUGAAUCUUGCCUCAGUUGUUUUACAAUCACUGUGAUGUUGAACAAAAAACUUUAAGGUUUCUGAGCCUGUUUUCUCAUUAUAAAAUGAAGUCAGACUAGGUAGUUGCCAAGGUCCCUUCAAAUUCUCCAUCAUGUGACCCUAAUGGAAUUGAUUUAGCCAAGGAUAAGGAGGUGGGAAGAUGCUCCUCAAGUGGCAGGGAAAUAAAGAGGGAUGAAAAGGGCCAUAGUCUUGGUUCAGGGGACUUCAGCCCCAGAAGUCAGCAGCGAGAGCUAGAGAAAGAGAGAAAGCUGAUAUCUCACAGGAACAUCAGUAUGUAAAAGGAUUGGAAAUGAUAACUGGUCCUGUACUGGGAAGAAUCCACAGAUCAGAGGUCAAGUGUGAUGCCUAGUAUAGUAGUUUUCCUUCUUUCACCAGAAAUUGAACAGAAAAGGAGAUUUGGUAAGUAAUACUCAUUUUGUAUAUAUAAAGCCACUGACUGACAUAGCUGGAAGGGAUUUCUGGGUCACCUGAUCUACUUCUUUGGGUCUCCUCUGUGAGAGAACGAGGAAUGUCUGAGUGAUUUGUCCAAAGUUUUAGGCAGUAAGUUAAGUCAAAGCUCCACCCUAAGUCUUUUGCCUACACGUUCACUGCAUUUAAAGUUUCCAGUUAACAUGUUUGACGUGUAGUAGUUUUGUAAAUACUUGCUGAUAGUAGGCUCAUAAAUGCUUAUUGAUAUUGCACUGCUCUCAGGAGGCCUGACCCUGAGCAGAGGUAUGUACAAUAGUCUGGGUGGUCCCAGGGUUUGGACUUGGUUCAGAAAUCAUUUCUAUUUCAUUCCCUCAUUUUACAGGUGAGGAAACUAAGGCCCAGGAAAGGAGAAGUGACUUGAAUGAAUGAAAAAGCAUUUAUUAAAUGUUUAUUAUUUCCCAACCACUGGAUACAAAUAGAAGAGUGAGACAGCCCCUUUUGUUAGGAAACUCAUGUUCUAAUUGGGGGAGACAGCAUAGAUAAGCGAGGUGAGCUGCGUGUCAGAAGGGCCAGGACUGUAAGGGUGUGACUGAAGGGUGGAUGGCAAGACCCAGUUCUUAGGAAUUAUUGGCAGGUCAGAUGGCAGUGCCCUGAGAGUCAGGAGGGAAUUGUGAUGGGGCAAAGAGCAAGAGCCACAAUGGUCCUCCAUUUUGCUGGAAUGAUUAUAGUUGGUGACUGCUCAUUUAAGUGGUGUGAGCAGCCCUAUCAUAACUUGACCCAAGUCUGCUGACUCUCCAAACCCAGCACUCUUUCCACUACACCACAAUGCCUUAUCUUUCACCUGUUCCCUUUACCUGGUGGACAGUUAAGUGUACUUUUUAGUCACCUACAUGCAGGUCUCCUAUUUAGAGGGACUUGGUUGGAAAAUGGAGUAUAGCUGUGUUUCAUGAGAGGAUCACCCCAGAAGACACCAUAAGGUUUUACAUGGUUUUAGGGACACCUUGGGUGACCUAGAGUUCAAUUUGCAGUUGUAAAUUAAUGUCCCAGGUCAGGUCUUAAAUCAAACUCAUCAUGAUCUUCCUGGAACUCUAUACUGUUCCUUAACAUUAGGCCUUGGUUACAAUUUUAAAUAAUUUUUCCAAGGUUUAUUAAGCUAUAAAAGCAAAAAUUUAGUUAAAACUGCACUAUGUCUUUUGGGACACCCUAUUAAAUGAAUACUGUAUCCUUUGGAUGCUUCUUCCUCCUCUCCCAUGCCAUCACGGCCAGAGGAAAGUUCAUUUUUGUCACUUCAUUUUGUCACUGCCUUUAACGAUUAUAUUGCUAGUCCAGAGAGUAAAGUAAGAAAGAAACUCACGGUGUUGGCCCUGAGGAGAGGAUCAUGAUUGCUAAAUAGAUAAUACUGGGAAACAUGUAUUGCCUCUUGGAAGGUAGGCCAGUACCCCAGCAGUUCCUGGGGAAGAAAGCCAUUGACAAAGGCAAAUUGAAGACAGCUACAUUGAUGAAACUUAAUUUGGUACUGCUGGAAAGAGUUAGGAAGCUGUGUAUGGAUGCUUCUCCAAGCAGUUGGAAGCAUGGCUCUUAAAGCUUCCAAGUAGAUAUUCUUUACAUUUGGGGCAGCAACCAAGACCCUGAUGAAUAGAUUAGUGGAUAUCACAUAGUGAAAUCCACUGUAGUAGAGAGGGUACUUGGUUAGGGGGCUGAUUUUCUUAGGUAUUUCUCUACUUCCUUGUGAUCCUAAUGGAGUCCACAUUCCUAUAAAUGUGUCCUUUAAUGAAAUUCUUGACCUGGGGUUCCUUGAAAGGCAGCACGUACUGCAUAAGGAAACUGGGGCUCACAAACACAUUGCCAUCUAUCUUGAGCACAGGGCAGGUAGUGGGACAGUAGGGAGCUACCCAUUCUGGUCCUUUGAGGGUCUUAAAAGUCAGAUUGUGAUAUGUAUCUAGGAAACCUCCCUGGAGGAAAUCUUGGUGCUUUCUGCCCUUAUCUACCAACAAAUCCCAUAGAUGUCUAGGAAAGAGGAAUGGAAGCGGGCCCAUCAGGAAGACAAGGUGAAUGUCCACUUCAGAGACCACAGCUUUGUGGCCCCAUGUGCGUCGGAUGACCUGGUUUCUGCUGCCUUCCUGGGGUUUGGUCAUGACCAACAUCAAAAGGAAGGGGCCGGCAGGAUUUGCCAUGCACUUGUUUGGAUGGUUGAACAGGAAAGGGGUAGGUGUGGGCUUGCACCUUCUCCACAGGGUACUGCAUCUGCCUCUGUACUCUCUCAUUGAAGUGUGGAUGACCUUCCAGUAGUAUUGAAAAGUUCCUCUCCUUCCAUUUCUCUCCCCGCUACUCUGGACAGCACCUGAAAAACCUGAGCACCGAUGUCCCUAUGUUAGUCUUAUGGUGUCAGUAGUAUACUGAGAGGGAAGGAACAAAAGACCAGAUCAGGGUUAGCGAGCCUAGGUUACAAACAGAUUCUGUCCUCACUCCUUCCUAUCCCCUCUGGCAUGCUAGAUGAUGUUUUCCUUGUGGAGAGUUUGGUUGAUAUAGAUUUGGGAGCAGCAAAGGAGAUAAAAAGACACAAUGGUGAAUGUCUGCCUGCCUUUCCCUUGAUGUGGCAGGAACUUGGAUGGGGCCCUAGAAAUUGGCCAGUAAAACUGUUAGGGGGUAUCCUUUGCAGGGCCUUGUGUUCUGCUCCCACCUCUGAAAUCUUCCUCCCCAUUGGGGAACUCAUUAUAGCUUACAGGGAAUUAAGGAGCUUUAGUGUGCCCUUCAACUUGAUUAAAAUGGGGACAAGAGAUGAUUGGAUCAGUUAAGAAUUCCAGUGAUACUGAUGUGGGACUGAGGCCAGGUAGAGGUGGGGAGUGUGGAUAUUGAACUGGGCAAAGUUCUCAGGUUUUAUCCAUAAGAGUCUUAGAGCUGGAAAGGAUUUUAAAGAUCAUCUUGCCCAUCCCUUUCAUUUUGCAAAUGGAGAAACUUGAGUUUCAGAGGGGGAACAGUGAUUUGCCCGAUGAAUGAGUUGUUAUAUGGACACAAUUCGAACUUAAAGUCUUCCAAACCAAGGGCCCUUCCCACUGUUUCAGGCUGCCUUCCCUUCUAACCUGGAUUUUUUUUUUCCCUCCUUUUAGCAGCCCUCCAUAGGAGCCGCCUUCCAGCCCAAACUCAGCUCUCAGGGAUAGUGUCAGGAUUACAGGGGAUCUUCUACCAGCUAGCUAUCUUUGCUCUACCCAAGUCACUCUAGGAAUCCUCAACACAGAUUACAUCUUGAUUCCCUAAGUGAAGGUGGAUCUUAGUUUUCCCAUCUUCAUUAUUGCUGCCUGCCAUCCCCUCAUUUUAAAAAUCAAUUUUAUUGUAUCACAGUUAAGAUGUUAUCCAGACCCAUCUUCCUUGUUGCUGUGUUCUGUGUGGUCAGCUGAUCACUCAGGCUUAGUGUCCCUUCAUUUCACAACUGGUUGUCUGCCUGGGAUGUCACUGUGGUCCUGAUCUUUUCAUCAGCAUUAGGGCUUCUUUUGGAUAGAGAAAAGGCAGUUGAUAGCUCUUGUGGGGGAUAUGAGAUAAUCAUUAUUAACAUAGGGUGUUAAAAGUUUGAUUUAGGAGGUGACAUUGAACCAGAAAGCUGUUCUUCUGCAGAUACGACAAAUUCAAAAGCCCCCUAUGGGUUCUGAAAUUUCCCAGGAAUUUUUUUUAUUACAGAAUUUGUGGUGGGGGACUAAGCCCCAAAGUUUCCUGCCACAGGUAUUCCAUUCUAAUGGCUGUCAUCCAGUCUCCUGGACAAUUCUUGUAUGCAUCAGCUUUCAUCACAACAGAAUUUCUGGGACAAUUUAAAUACCAGACUGGAAGAGGUUCUCCGGUGUUCAGUGUGAGUCCAACAAACUUUAAAGGGCCUGAAUUCACUUGAAGAUGGCACAGGAUAGUUUCUGAGAUGGCAGUCUCAUAACUCCUCAGAUUCAAGGUCUCCAACCCUGUGGUCUGGUCCAGUGCCUGUUCUGAGGCACCUGAUCUUCUUUGCCUACCAACUGCCCUCCAUAGAAUUGAAGAUUUGUAAAAAGCUAUUCUAUCUUGUUCUGGAACUAACCCAGUGGACAGUGAGAUGAAAAGGAUUCUGUAGUUAUGAGCUCACAUUCUAGAUCAUUAACAGGCUCCUUUUAUCCUGGAUCUUUUAAUCUUUUUAUUCUCAUGGCAAACUGCCUCUCAGAAAGAUGCCUUAGAUCCCUUGUCACCAUUUCCAGUGUUGUUUGUUGUUGUUCUUGGGAUGGACACACACACACACACACACACUCUCUCUCUCUCUCUCUCUCUCUCUCUCUCUCUCUCUCUCUGUGUCUCAGUAAAUCUUUGCUACCAUCAUAUUCCUUGUUCCCUUCAAGUGACUAAACGUUCCCCAUCACUGCAGCCUUUUGAAGUUCAUGCUAUCCAUUUUUAGACACAGUUCUGAUAUUUGGCUGUAAUCAUACCAGUUUCUGAUUACUUUACCUGCUUUGUCAAGAAGUUUAAUACUUGGCUUAAAGCUUUUCUUUCCACCCAAACCCUUGCUUUUGUACUUGUGGACUUUUACAUGUUGAUGUCUUCCUUGUAUACCUUGGCCUUCCAGUUAAAAUCAAAUCCCAUGAGCUUCAUCUUCACAAAACUUUAGCCUCCUACAGGGGUGGUGAGAAAUGCUUGUGAAAGCAUUUUGUAUAUCUUGUCCUAGUUAGACCUCUUCUGGAGUACUGAAUUUAGUUCUGGGAUGCAUGUUUUAGGAAAUCACAUUGAGAAACUACAAUAUGUUGAGAGGAUGGUGAGGGCUCUGGACACAGCCAUGUGAAGAUUGACCGAACAAGUGGGGGAUAUUUGACUUAGGAUAAUCUGGGGGGAGGGGAAGAGAUAGCCUGUAAAUUUUUGAAGGGCUGCUUAUGAAAAAAGAAAUUAAACUUUGUACUUCUUGGUCCCAGAGGUUAGGACUAGGAACCAUUUGAUAGGUGAAAAGAGGCAGGUUUCAAGUAGGGGGAAAAAUUCCCUGCAAGUACAAAGAUCCCACUGGACUGCUUCAGGAAUUGGUGAUUUUCCCUCUCUGGAGGUCUUCAAGCAGUGAUCAGAUGAUUUGGUUGGGCUGUUGUUACGGAGAUUUCUAUUCAGCUAUGGGUUGGACUAGACACCCUUUGAGGUACCCUUAAGCCCUCAGCUUUAGUGAUUCUAUCAUUUAAAUCUCUUGUACCUACCUCACAGGGUUGUUAGGAGGAUCAAAUGAACUAUUGUAUGUAAAGUGCUUUACAAACCUUAAGGCACUUAUAAAUGUCAGCUUUUAUAAUUAUUCUGUGAUACAAAGCACUGUAAAAAUGGGAAGUUAUUUUUUUCCUAUUAUGUUAUUGACGGUGGCUGCUCUGUGUGUCUAGCUGCUAAUGACUCUCUCUGUGGACACUCCAGUCUAGGUGACCACACUGUUUUGAACACUGCCCCAUUAACCCCUUGUGUCUUACUUCCAGUCCUAGAGUUUUGUGCUGGGGGCCUGGGGUUUGUGGGGUCAGGAAGCUUCUUGUAACUGAAGUGUAUGCCUGGAUCAUUCCAGCACCCUGAAUCAAGAUGAAUGUAAAUGAAUAGGGAUGUGGGGGGGAACGUCCCCACUGCCAACUCUAUCCCUGACAGAUGAUGUUACCCCACAUCGACUGCUUAGAGGGGAGAAUUUGCAGCCUUCUUCGUGAGAGGCUGGGCACAAACUUUCUCCAGAGACAGGAUGAAGGAAUAUUCAAGCAGGGCACCGGAAGAGAGAAGAGAAAAAAAUCGAAAAUGGAGUCAGAAGCCAUCUGAUUCUGAGGGCUGAUAACAGGAGGCUUGUCCCCUUCUGUGCCUGCAGACUUUCUCCCAGCUGCGGUUUACUCUGAGAGGCCAGAAUAUCAAGACUUCACAUCUCUGUUGUCCUGAGAUGUGAUUCUUUUCAGAAUCUUAAGUUCCCAGGUUCAGUUGCUGGGCAAGUUGCUAAUAGACCUUUAGGGUCUAGGUUGUCGUAGCAUGUUGAUACACAGCUCAGGAAAGGGCCCAGAAAGUGAACUCAAGAGCCUUUUUUUAUCCUGUUCGACCAGCUUACAGUGCCCAGCUGCUAAGCCAUCAGGGAAGCUGAGACAGGAGGACUCAAAAUCUACAUUCCCUAGAAGUUUGGGAGACUGUAGUUGGGGAAACGGGUGGUGAGGAGGUUUGCUGCUUGAUUCUUCUCUCCUGUUAUAUAUUUUUUGUUUUAAGUAAAUGUCCUCUUGCAUUGCUAUGAUGUCAUGUGAUUAAUUCUGACUGGUGGGGUUUAGAAGGGGAAAAAAUGGCGUGCUAGCAGAAGUUCAUAGGAUCAUUGAUUAAGAGCUGGAAGUAAUCUUAGGGGCAGUCUAGUUCAAUCCUCUCAUUUUGCAGGAGACUGAAACUGGGAGAGGUUGUGACUUGCCUCAAAUCACAGGUAGGGCACAAACUAGGACAGAGCUGGGGUUUGAACCCAGGUCUUCUACCUCCAGAAUUUUCCCCACCACAUGCUGUUGACUGGAUGAUGAACCUAGGAACCUGAAUGUAUGGUCCUCUACACAAAUAAAGGAAAAUGGGUCUGCCCUGA